AUGGCGUCGACGUCGACGGCGCGCGACGCGGUGACGUGCGAGAUAAAGAUAGACCCGGCGACGAUCGCGCGGGCGGUGUCGCACGCGACGAAACACAUCGCGCGCGAACCGGAGGACGCGUACGAGUUUCCGGGACGGGAGCGCGACGGCGAGCGCGGCGGCGACGCGGGCGAGACGACGACGAGGCGAGGGACGGCGGCGCGGGACGACGCGGAGGCGCGAAGAGAGACGAUGGAGAGAGGCGCGGGCGAGGGACGGGCGACGAGCGGGAUGGGGGAGGUGAACGCGAGACGAGGACGCGAUCGCGAGACGUCGAGCGGGGAGACGGGGGAGGUGACGAUGCGGUCGAGGGGCGACGAGAGGGGAGGGAGAACGGCGCGGAAGGCGGGCGAGGACGCGGACGCGGACGAACCGUACGUGCGGUUUGAGGAUUUGUUCGGGGCGAAGGCGUUGUUCGCCAAGUCGAACUCGCGCGCGCGCGGGAUUCAGGCGGACAUGUACAUUCAAGACUAUCUCGAGCGCAAGGUGUACGGCUACGCCCACGUCAGCGUUAAGCGCAAGUCGCGAAAGAAAGAAGUCGUCAUGGAGCGAAGAGUCGUGGGCGUGGGUCGACCGGAAGACGCGCUGGAUUUCGCGGCGGACGAGAACCCAGCCUGCGCGGCGCGGCAUCCGCCCUUGCAGUCGCUGCCUCCCGCGUUUUCUUUAGCGCGCGGCGACGCGAUCAAGGCGAGCGAGUUCCUCGAACCACCGACGUGGAUCCAGCGAAGAGGCGAUUUGGAGGCUGUGGCGGCGGCGACAGCGACGAAACUUUCGGCGUUGUCGAGAAAGGAGUCGACGGCGGAUUUCAAGAAGGCGAAGAAGACGCCGACGGUGGCGGAGGUGGCCGAGCGCGCGACGACGCCGAUUCGGCCGCUGAAGCGCGCGGCGGAAGUUCUCGCCGCCAAGGGACUCAAGGCAACGCCGUCGCCCGAUCGUCAAAAGACGCCGAACCCCGCGCCAGGGAUGUCGCCGUUCAGCGCGCUCAAGAUGCCGGGGACGAUUUUUGACAGCUCAGAUUUCUUGGGCGACGCGCACGACGACAUGCUGUUCUGGGAUGCGCUCAACGAUAUCGAUCACCCCACGCAUGCCGCCACGCAUCGUACGACGUCUGCGAUGCCGUCAAAACGCCGCAAGGCGCGGGAAGCGACCCGAAGUCCAUCGGUCAGGAGCGACGCGACGGGCUCGCCCAAGUCAGAGGCGAAGCUCACCGCGGUGGAGAAGCGCCUGCGCGACCUCGAAGCCAAGUUGUCGCGCGGCGAGUACCACGUUUCCGAGCGCGUUGGAGCUGCAGAUGCGGUGCCAGCGACGCGCCCGAUGACUUUCGACGACACCGCCCGCGCGGAAGCGAGCGGCAAGAAGCGUACGCUCUCCGGCGGAAGCGACGAGCGCGAAAACGCGACGAGCGUUCGCGAGCAAUCGACGCAAAGCGAACUUCAGAGACUCAACGACACAAUCUUGGCGCUUGUGCAGCGUCAAGAUAAGUACGAGAUCGAGCGCCACAGGCAUCAAAAGCAAAUGUAUGAACUUUGCCAGACUCACAAGGAGCACACGGCGAGUUUGGAGUCCAUCAUCGCCGCGUACGAGAAGAGGUUCUCGGCGAUAUCGCCGCAGACGCCGCGAAAGUGGGAUGGACCUCCGUUGUCCAUUCCGCCGCGUUUUGCGCGUGACGAACCGGCGUUGUCGACGCCGCUAGAAGAGUUCCACGCGCCGCGAGACGAUCCACGCGCGUACAACUCCGCGGGACCUGCUUGGGGUCGAUCAAGCCCGACAGAGCGCUUCGAUCGAUCUUUCCACGAUCAAGCGCCGUACUCGGAGAACAAGCGCAACGAACGCUCGCGCGAUGUCGAAGCUAUUUUGGAGCGCGAGAUGCGAUUCCUCCAGGAAUCGCUCGCGCGCAAGAACGAAGUCAUCGCGUCCCUGGCCAGCGAGCUCGGCUCCGCCAAACAGAAACACACUAAAUCUCGAUGGGAUUCAGUCGGAUUGAAUUAA